UCCGCAAAUAAUCAAAUACAAAUAAAUAAUAUCGCCAGUGAAGUAGAUAAGAAAACAAAAUACUUAUUAGAAAACAUAUCAAUUGUCCAAUAAGAAAUUAGAGUUUCUUCAAUAUCCACGUAUGUACAACGCUAACAAUUGCAACCCCAAAAAUCUCAUCACAGACAAUGGUUUAACAAUGAUGGUAUUAACAGUUUUCAACCGAAGUCAGAUUUGCCGUCGGUGAUUUCUUAUUUCAUUUUUAAGGGAGCAUUAUGUAAAAAUGCUAUAAAAAUAUGAAGCAAUGUUAUAAAAUACCACAAUGAAGCAUUUGAUAGGUAUUUUAACCAUUAUUUAUUUAUUAGAUCUGUCUAAUAUAAAUGUUAUUGAUGGACAAAAGAUUUUUAAAAGAAUUACUUGUAGCCUUUUACUCGAAAUCGUUCUUAAAGUUUUUGUAAGCGCAAACUAAGAAAUUUUUAAAGCGACUAUGAUCAUCUGAGUCCUAACUUGAAUUGAAAAUACUGAGUAUAGCAUAAUUUUAUUUUCGACUUCCACGAUUAAGAAUGUAACAGUUUCCUUUGAAGAAAAGUACUAUUUCCUCUAUUGAAAUGACAGUUUCCCAUACCGCUUGAGCUUAAACAACACACGUCUAAAAUUUCUCUAUGGUAAAUAUUCAUUUCAUAUUUCAAUAUAUAAGUAUAUACUAUGUUAUCGGCAACUUAUUAAGUAUAUACUAUGUUGUCGGCAACUCUAAAACGCAAAUAGGAAUUCCAUCCAAAAUUAUGGAAGAGAAAUGAUUAUUUAUGCAUAAACUUAAAAUAACUUUAAUUUUAAUUUAGCUUAAUUAUAUUAUUUUAAAUAAAAAGAACUUUGAGUAGUAUAGUAUGUUAUACUAUAAAAACAAACAAAAACAAGUUCUGUCUUUGCAUUUUCGCGAUCACAGAUGAGAUAACGGCACAUUUUCAUUAUCUAUGCUUUCUUCCGUUAUUUCUUUGGAAAUUUAUUUUUCAAAAUCCAUUUUCUAACAGCGUGCACUGAGUAGAUAUUUUUUAAAGUUCAGUGGCUUGAUUUCAGCAUGACAGCUAAUUGGAAACAAUAUUGAGCCGAAAGCAUCACAAAACUCACAAAGUCAUUUCGGAACGCCAAUGAUCAUAUACCUCCUUCAUAUAUAUACAGACCUCAGACAAGGUAUUUAAAUGUGUGUUUAUUUUAGUUAUUAUUUCGUGAAGAAUUUAUUUCAUAAUUUCCUGUUUCCCUUGUUGUUAUUUAGCAACUUCCUUUCACCAGAGGCUUUCAGUGCUUCGUGAGGGUAUUUAACUAUUUUUAGUUAGCCGUUGAAAAUUUAACUUUUUGAUAGAAAAUCCCACCAUUCAAGGAACAGCACAUAAUGCCUAAUGAACACUAAUACUUUUCUCAGUUCGAGUUAUUAAAAAUAACUAAGAGAUAUGCGCUUCAAGCAAAGCUACCUAUUUAAGAGUUUUCCAGUUUUAUUUGAAUAGUGGUGGUUCAAAAGCUUAUUCCAAUUGGGUCCCUUAUUAGACUUAUUUUAAAUAGUUUCCUUUUUACUGCGUAAUUCGAAUAAGGUGCAAAUUUUUUCUUUAAGCAAAUAUACGUAUUGAGUAAUGUUCACAAUUUCAUCGUAAAAAGAUGUUCUCAAAAACACCGUAAUCGCUCUCCAAUUGCAACUUUUCGUGCGGUUUUGCCAAUUUAUGGUCAUCUGAGUGGUGCGGAAAAUAAACAAAGCUGUCGACUCUGGUGCAAAAAAAAAUCCACAAAAUUAUUCACGAACAACCAUCACAUUCGCCUAAAUUGACAGUUUUGUGUGAUUUUUGUUCUGGGGAAAUCAUCGGUACAUAAUUGUAUCGAAUGUACAAUAUUUCAUAUUAAAUAAAAAAAAAGCAUUUGAAUAUGCUUAACAAUUCGUAUCUUUUUUUUUUUUUAAAUCAUAACACUCUUAUUAGAAAACCUUGUAUAUCAAAAUUAACAUUAUUGUUUGAGCAAAUUUAUGAAUGAUUAUCGCAUUUUUAUAAAGGGUUUCGAAAGUAAUUUGCAGGGUAAAGAAGUUAAACCGGCAGACAAUCAACUAAGCCAUAGCUAUUCGUCAGUUAUAAUAAAAUUACAUAUAUGCCAGACUAUUAAAGGUGACGAGACCCCAGAGGCGUACUCUGCUGAUCAUUAUAAAUAUAUAUUAUAUAUUUUUUAUUAUAACUCCGAUGCUUUAUAGCAGCCUAAUAAAAUUGUUGAAGACGAGUAUGUGGAUAAGAGCUCUAAUGCUCGAAUGCAGGACUAAAAAAUAAAUUAAAGAAAAAAAUUAAUAAAUUUAUUUCAUAGACAAUACAUGUUAUUAGAAGAACACACAAGAACAUUAAAACAUAAAAUUGAAGUGAUAAAAUGAAACAAUGGAGCUAGGGUCCCGAAAAGUCAGUGAAACGAGUCGAAGUCAAUAAAAUAUACGAGACUUGUGUACAUACAAAUAUUAGUAUCUAUGUGCAUAUAUGAAUAGUUCGACUUGCAUCGAAGAAAAUAAGUGGUAAUAAAAAAAUUAAUCAUAAAAAGUAAUUCCGUAAAAAGGCUGAAGCCAAUCGUACCAAUAAAUUGUGAACGGGCGGUUAAAACAAUAAAAACCCCAAUACAAAAUCAAAAACUAAAUAUUAAAUACAACAUAACAUCCGUCAAAACCGUUUAUUUUACACCGUUAAUUUGUUACUUGUUGUAUUGGCUUUUUGCUUAUAUAUACACAUAUGUAUGUGAUGCUAGUGAAGGAAUGCGCUGCAAAUACAAAGUCCAAAAUUGAAUCAAAGUAGCCGCAUCUGAGUUAUACAUGCGACUGUGUCUGUGAGCCUCGAUUCGGUUGAGAUUGACAGCUGCUGUUGAAACCAUAAAACCUCUGAUAUACAUACAAUUUAUGUCAAAGCCGAUACGAAAUCACAUACAAAUUCUCAGUAAGUUUAUUACUUUUAACCCGUGUAAUGGUCAAACAAACAGCAUACAAAUUCAUAUUCAUAACACAUGUGUGUAUGUACAAAAAACAAAAAUUUCGAAUGCCUCGCUAAAGUGACACGUAUUGCGCUUGUAAAAAUAUUCUGUGCUUGAUCUAUAUAUCUGUGCAAGUGUAUAUGGAUUCAUAAACAUUCAUAGAGCACCAGAGUCACAACAAAAGGCGGUCUCUAUAAACAUAUUGAAACGGCAUUUAGCUGCAACAAAAACUGAUUUGAGUUUCACUACGGAGAUAACAAAAGAUUAACUGGAAAUGACUAAAAUAUUAAGACUCUAUUUGCCUUUAGCUCUUGUCACCAAAUUCAACACCAUCACUCCGUCACUCCAUCCAAGACCUCUUUUUCCACACACUACCACUCCCACAACCAUAACCACGGCAGCAAACAAAUACUCCCAGCGGAUCUCCACAAAAUGAUGGAUCGCAUCCCAUCAUUAUCGCUAUCAGGCAUAUCGCUCGCGCAUCCACUCUCGUUAUCCACAACAGGACAACAACUACAAAACCAUCUCAAUUCUGCAUCAGCGGUCACAUCGUCAACAAGUACAGGUGGACACCAUCACCAGCAUCAUCAUCAUCAUCACCAUUUAGGUCAAUUAGCCGCUGUUGUUCAUCAACAACAGCAACAACAGUUGCAACAGCAACAUCAGCAACAACAACAGCAUCAUCAUCAACAAGCUCAUCUGCAAGCACAUCACAACAAUCAUCAUUUGAGCCAUCAUCAGCUAUCAUUGCAUUCGGCGUCCUCGACAAGCCAUUCACCAACAUCUAGCAACUCAGCGUCUGCAUCGCUGCAUCAUCAUCCCACCUCUCUAUUGACGUCACACUCAGGCAUUCACGCAUCCCCAACUGCGUUGUCACACCAUCCACACAGCAGUAGCAACAACCACUCCGCAUCGUCAUCCACAUCGCUUUCACUGCAUCAGUCAGCCUCAGCUUCAUCGUCGGCUGGCUCAGCUGGAUCAGGUAGCUCAGUGAGCUCAGGUGGUGGUUCUGUAGGAGUUUCAAGUUCGUCCGCACAUCAGCUACAACACCACAGCUCAGCAACGUUGCAUAGCCAGCACCAGCAUUCGUUGCACCAUACCACCCAUCAUCACACGCACAGUCACAUAAACGCGCACGUAGCCGCCGUUUCGUCACCCGCUAACGCAACGAAUUCAGCCAGUACCGCAUCUGUAAUGGCCGCCGCUGCUGCUCACCUGCACCACAAUGCGCAGGCCACAUCGCCGAUGACAAAUCUACAUCAAAACAUGGGUGGCCUGAUGAAUAGUGGUAGUAGCGCCAGCGACGUCUUCUUUAGUCUAAUGAUACAAAAUACAACGAAACGUCAAAACGAGGAACACAUCAAAAGACCAAUGAACGCAUUCAUGGUUUGGUCUCGACUACAACGACGAAAAAUUGCACAGGAUAAUCCGAAAAUGCAUAACUCCGAAAUAUCGAAGCGUUUAGGUGCCGAAUGGAAACUUUUAACCGAAGAUGAAAAACGCCCAUUUAUUGAUGAAGCAAAGCGACUACGGGCAAUGCACAUGAAAGAACAUCCCGACUACAAAUAUCGUCCCAGAAGAAAACCGAAAGCAUUGCGACGAGAUGGCUACCCUUACCCAAUGCCAUAUCCAUCAGUGCCCGUGGAAGCGUUACGUGCAGGUAUAACGCCAGGGUAUUUUGCGCCAGGGCCAGCAGCAUAUCACUUGGGCAGCCAUCUGACACAGACCAAUUCACCAGCAUCACAGACCGGCCAAAUGGAUGUACCGAAAUUCGCGCUUGAUCGCAGCUCAUACUUGAGCUCCGCAGCCACAGCUGGCACGCUGUACGAGACCUCGAAGGCUGCCCAAGCGAGUGCCGCCUACAGCGCCUACUUGGACCCCAGCGUCCUUACAAAGGCAUAUUUCGAUUCCAAAAUGUAUCAAGACCGUGCUGCCAACUAUGCCUUUGACAUUUCGAAAAUCUACGGUGCCCAACAGCAUGGCACAUCGGCGGCUGCCGCUGCGGUGGCACAUCAACAGCAACAACAACACUUGCUCAAUGGCCUAGGUAUAGGCAGUUCACACCAGAACAGUAGCAACAAUAAUAACAACCAUGCAACAGCGAAUAACAAUCUAGACGAACGCAACAACACUCCGCAUUUGGACAGCAGCGGUGGCGCUGGUGGUGGAGUUUCAAGCGGUGUGGCGGAUUCUAAACCACAUCUACACUCGCCAACAGACGCACAACUCGACUAUUCACAAUAUGCACAGUACGGGCAAGUUGGGGGAGCCGCCGUUGGUUUGGGUGGUGGUGUGGUUACCAACGGUGGUUUGGGUGGCAUUGGCUCGGGUGGCGGGCCCGCAACUAGUGCUAGCGGCGAUUUCCGACGUCCGCUCACAGUCAUAUUUUGACCACCAUCCGUCGAGAGUGAGGAACUCAACCUAUCCAUGACGAACUAGAUUGGGAAAUAGUGAGGUUAUAAGCAUCAAAUAUUAUAUACAUAUGUAUGCGUUUUAGCGAUAACUGUAAAUCGUAUGAAUAUUUCACACAAGAACGGUUUUAUUUCUAGAAUCUUAGUUCACAGCUGCAUAUAUGAUACAUAUAUAAAAUAAACGAAUAUCUAACAAAUACAUGAAUAUAUAAAAGUAAUUGUAGAAAAAUAAAAGGAAGCACUUAAGCAGAAAGUCCAAUUUUUUACAGGACUAUUGUGAAACAAAAAGGUUUAAGGCUAGGUUUGUUUUGAAGUGGAUUUUAUAAUGUAGUGUGUAAAAAUUCUAAGUGAAAAUAGAUAUAAAAGUUAUAAAGUUGAUCGGUUUACACAAAGUUGGCAGGUUCAUUUGUGAACGAGUAUCUAAAGAGUGCUCAACGCCUAUGAAACUACGGUCGACCAAUAUGUAACAUCUCAAUUGUCAAACUAAACAAUUAAAUAAAAGUGUAAAGUGAAUUAAUAUAGUCUAAUGUUUAAAAGUAUAUUUAAUGUUCAGAUAUGUUCUAGCAUUGGUCAGGACAUUGUCUACUAUAUCCAUUCAUCAUUUUGCAAUGCUUCUUUUGAAAUCGUUAUUAUUUGCCUUACAUUUAUUAUAUCAGAUUAGCGCACCAAUAAGGAAGGUUGUUAGAUGUUUUUGAUUAAGAAGUUAGGCCAGCGAAGGAUUUUCAUAAAAUCUAAACUUUUUUUAGCUUAAAGUUAUUCAAUUGGUAUAAAAAAAAUAAAUUUGACUCCGUUCAAUCCGCUAUAUAUGUCAAAUCGGGGAUGAUUGAACAUUUAACUUUAGCUUUGCAAUAACAUUAUUUAUUAAUGUUUGUUAUUAUUGCAAAAUUUUUUUUAAAUCAUUUUCUGGUAAAUUUUCGAACGGAAAUUUUAUCCUUUUUUUCAAAUCCACCAUUUUACGAAAAAUUGAUGACGUACGUACUUUAACAGCAAGUGUUAUGAAGAUUAACAUUUUAUUUCCUUUCCUAGAAUCAUCUUCGUCCGUACAGGCCCUCUUGGCAAGGAUCGAAGACCGCGGAAUACUUUUAGAGGCAUAAGGUUUGUCAGAAUACCGAAAAUCAUAUUGUAGUAAAUCAUAUGUAGUAAAUGAGACUUUGGGUAAUUUAUGGACCAAUUUCACAUAUUUUUGGCAUUAAACCAUUGUAUAUCCAAUAUUAUACGUUCGGUUAAUUUUGCUGAGAUUCUUAGAUAACUCACAUAUUUGCCGAUAUAUGCGCUAUAAAGUCAGCCGACAGUUCGAAAAUUCUUUCUAUUAGGUAUAUGGGAGCUAAGGAAAUUAUUGAUCCGAUUCAACCAAUUUUUAACAUACAGGCAUACUAUUAUCAUAAAAGGAUUCUUUGUGAAUUUCUAUAAUAUAUGUCACUUUUAUUAAAUUUUAACAAAACCGUUAUGUGGGGAGUCCGAAUUCAAUUUUCAUAGGGUUAGUAGGGAUGCCAAAAAGAUAUGUAUCCAGCGAAUUUUGUUAUUAUAUCUUGAAUGGCUUAGGAGAUAUGUACAUACGUUAAAAUUAUUAGAGGGCGGGGCCACGCCCACUUUUUAAAGAUACACCACAGGUACCCCUCACCACUAUAACCCUCUUAACCAAAUUACAGUUUUGUAUCUUAAUUUGAUCUUAGUUAUAGCACCUUAUAGAUUUUCGAUUAAUGGUGUUUUGUAAACCAUGGAAGAUAUGUACCAAGUUUCUUCAAGAUAUUUCAAUAUUUACUCAAGUUAUCGCUUUCAUAGACAGACAGAUGGACGGACAGACAGACACUCGGAUUUCAACUCGUCUCGUCAUCCUGAUCUAAUAUAAACAACCGAUAAGUGAACCAAACUAUUUUACUUUGUAGCAACAUGUUUCAAGAGUAUAAAAAUUAUAAACUCAGAUACAUAUUUUACCAUAAUUUGAUUCCUUUUUCCUUAAUCUGAGAAUUAAUUGUCAAAGG